GUCGGCAGGGCCCAAGUUCAUCAGGUAGGACGUCGCUCUAUCCAUGUGGUGUGAGAUCGACAAAGAAUGGCGCAGCGUUCGCGAAGUGUUGCGAAACAAGUUUCACAAUGACGGGAAGUGGGUGGUCCUAUACCAGAAUCAUUGGACCGAGGCACCAGUGAUAACUACAUUUUUUAUUAAACUCGUUUUUACGAUUUCUAGGUUUAGGCACAAAGAACGAUGUUGUUGAUCUAGAGAAGAUUAUACUGAGACCAUAAUACCAAUUAGCUAGUCAUCAUCAUGGUGCCUGCGAGGUUCCUGGUGUUAGCUUGCCUUGUCUCCACUCUGCCUGCUAUUGCUGGAAGUGACAGCCAUUUGGUGAUAGCCCCACAGUCCCCAGUACUUGAGAUUGGGACUAACUUUACGGCUACAUGCCUGAUUCUCAACACAGAUAAAAUUACUGCAGAUGACCUCUACUGGAAUAUAUCAGAGACUACUGUACCCAAAGAACAGUACACCAAGCUCAACAGUUCAGCUCUUAAUGUCACUCUCCUUGUCACCGAUAAAAUUUCUGGAUGGUUAUUUUGCGUCUGCAAGAAACAAAUACCAGAUGUUGACCUGAACAGAGGCAAAUUUAUUCAUGGGAUUCUCCUAGAAACAGGCUAUCGUCCAGAGAAGCCUGAGAAUCUGUCCUGUAUAGCAGUUCAGGAGGGGAAAGAGAUCUCCAGAGUCAUCAGCUGUGAGUGGGAAUCAGUCGGACGUCAAACCUUACAUGUCCCAACAACAUACACACUGAGAGUUGUCUCGACCGAUGCGCACUAUAAUGUGUCAACUCGUGAAAACCAUGCUGAGUUGCGUAUGACUGUUUUUCCCAAUCAUGUGUCAAUGGAGAUCUGGGUGGAGGCACACAACAAACUGGGAGCAGUAGAGUCUGAGCAUCUGAAAGAAAAUGCCAACUAUUUUGUGAAAACAAACCCUCCAUCAGGCAUCAAUGUCAUUUCAGAGAAGGCUUUUCCCACAUGCCUUCUGAUAAACUGGACUCAUCCUAUUGCAGAGGUUUAUGUGAGAUUAUUAUAUCAAAUCAGGUUCUGCUCAAGUGGAUCACAUAAUUGGACUUAUGUACCUCUUGGGGUCACUGGUAAGGGCAUAGAGUCUUUCAGACUCCAGGAACUUCAACCAGACACAGUUUAUGUCAUUCAGGUCCGCUGCAAAUAUGACAAAGAGGGCCAUGGUUACUGGAGCGACUGGAGUGCCAACGCUACAAAGAGAACACCAGAGGACCGACCAGAAGGUAAACCGGACUUAUGGAAAAUCAUUACUGAGGGUGACAACAGCAGCGAUCGACGAGUGCAGUUGAUUUGUAAGGAUCCUGAGUUUGCCAAUGGCAGGAUAAUAAACUUCAACAUAAAGAUUCAAGAGAAUAAAGUCAAGAAUGGAAGCUGGGUAUGGGAGAGAAUUCUAGUCAACAGGUCAGAGGCAGACAGCAGCUCUGAACAGAGGAAGAUCACUCCCCUUAAAGAGAUUCACCUGGCUGACAAGGACUCUGUUAAAGUGUACCUCACCGCCAGCAAUUCUGUGGGGACGUCUGUGGAGGCAUCGUUGUUCAUCCCUGACAAAGCAUGCGCUUGCACCCCUAUUGAAAAGCUCAAAGUGUGGUCUGAUGGGGAUCAGCUGAAGCUGGAGUGGAAACCCCCCAACAGUAAUAGUAAUAGUGUGUCGGAGUAUGUGGUGGAGUGGGUCACUGAGGAUCGGAUGGACUGGCAGAGGGAAAGCAGAAACACCAGACGCACUGCUAUUAAAGGCAACCUUGAGAAGUUUGUUUGCUACAACAUAUCUGUGUAUCCAAUAUACUCUGGAUGGAUUGGGAAGCCUACAAGUGUAGAAGCCUUCCUGGAGCAAGGAGCUCCGUUGGAAGGCCCUACUGUUAGACUGAAUGGUAGACUUGGACGUAACAGAGCUGAGCUCGUGUGGACGGAGAUUCCCCAGCGCAGUCGGCAAGGCUUUAUCACAAACUACACCAUAUUUUAUACAAACGGGACUGAAGUACAUAGUGUAACAGUGCCAGGUAACACCACCUCGUACACUCUGACGUCAUUGUCACGUGGCACAAAGUAUGACACUUGGAUCAGGGCUUCAACCAUUGGAGGUUCAAAGAAAGGCUUUAAUCACUCAUUCACCACUCCGAAAUAUGAUAAAGGGGAAAUCGAGGCCAUUGUGGUGGGAGUGAGCCUGGGCUUCCUGUUUGUUGUUGUUAUGACCAUGGUGCUCUGUGCCUACAAGAAAGAUGCGCUCAAGAAGAACUUUUGGCCGCAGAUUCCAAACCCUAGAGAAAGCACCAUUGGAAACUGGUCUCCUGAUUAUCCUUUGAAAGCAGACACACCGAAGGAGAAUUGUCUGUCUGGCAUCAGUGUACUUGAUGUGGAUGUAUGUGAUGGAAAGUGUGUGUUUGAAGAAGACAAGGCCAGUCUUGCUCUGAAGAAGGACAAGUAUCUGUCUGAGGAACACAGCAGCGGCAUCGGUGGCUCCUCCUGCAUGUCCUCACCUCGCCAGAGUGUGUCCGACAGCGAUGAGGGUGGCGACAUGGCUGACACCACAGCCAGCACCGUUCAGUACUCAUCGGUGGUGGCCUCUAAUGGUUACAAGGGUCAGAACCCAAGCUCCCAACCCCAGCAGACCAUUUUUUCACGGUCGGAGUCCACGCAGCCCCUGUUGGACUCUGAGGAGAACCCAGACAUGUUGGUGCAGGAGGGCAGCAGACAGUCUCAGCGUUUCUCCCGACAGCCCUGCUUCACACACACUGCAGGGGAUGAAGAGCUGGAGAUGGAACAGCAAAGGGCACUGGAGCCUCUAGACUUCUGUUCCCUGGAAGAGAACUCUGAGCAGAUGACACCUACAGACGAGCAGUCAGCUGACUGGCUGCCAUCAACACCAAUCUCUAGCUACAUGCCUCAGCUGGGUGGCUACAGGCCACAGUAAGAACACAGACCUGACUUGUGCCAUUUGUGUGGAUGCAUUUGUGCCCUCUGUUAAUGUCAAAUGUGCAUUUCAAGCCUCUGAGACAGAGAAGACUGUACCAGUAUGUCUUUUGCAAGUAUAACUAGUCCAGGAUACUUUGGGAAAGUACUCUGUAAAGCUGUAAAUAUGAGCUUGUAACAGUAUUUUGCUUGCUUUGCACUAACAUGAAACAAUAACUAGUCAAAUCUUUAUAGCAAGUCCGUACCCAAAUCAUACUUGACACAUGGACACUUUGAACUACACAGACGGCUUGUCGCAGUUUGAUCAGUCUCUUGCUGUAGUGCCCUCUUGUGGAGGGGUUUAACCUCUGCAGGGCUGUUACCUGACCCUUGUCAUUCAACGCACAUAGUUUUCAGCUUAAAUAAAUACACUGCAAUGAGUAUAAUCAAGUAACACCCUUUAAGUAAAGUCACACUGACAGGUUCCGCUAUUGAGAUGCCAAUGCAUGUUCAAUAAAGAAUAUCUUUAUAACUGGCUUUUAAAAUCGAAAAGAUAGAAAUGGAAAAAAUAUAUACUUCAGAAAUGUAAGGUCUUAAAUGUUCAUUUCAUUCAUAGAAGCAGAAGUGAUUCUGUGAAUACACAGAAUUCUGCUAUAACGGGAGAUGCUCCCUCACCCCAGCCUGUGUCAGCAUUAACAGUUUAAACACAAUACUGAAUUUACUGCCAUCAUAAACAGCUGUGGUUCUGUGCACUUCACUAGAAGAACCCUGAGAUCACAGACACCAAUAAACUUAAUAUGUCACUUUCAACCAGUAUUAGCUCGGUGCUUUACAGUACAUAUGCCCAGCUUGGGAAAAAUCAAUACAUUUCAGAGUUUUGCCCAAGUACAGCUCUGAGUAAUUAUUGAGAAGUGACCUGACAAUGUGAUGAAACACUCACUGUGAUCAUUCUGGUCUGAUUCAGGUCUGAUCUCAGCAGACUUGCUUAAAGAGGAGCUGAUACUUUUAUAACUAUAUCUACAGUGUCAAAAGCUGUGAUGAAUCUGCAGCUCCCCUUGACUUUACAGAGCUUUGGGGUGCGUUUCAGCUCAUUGUUUAAUGUUUGGACCACAACUUUGCUGUUUUGGUUCACUCUCAGCAUAUUUGGCUGCGCAAAAGCUCUGCAAAGCCACUAUAAACCUCAACACUCAGCAUCAAAGAGCAAACAGACAGAAACUAGCAGGUGAACUCAGUGGAGCAUUCAGUAGAGCCAGAUACUUCCCUCAGGAGUUGGUUGAGACCAAUAACAAAGAUAAAAUAGGGUGAUUAUUGCCCAUAUAUUCAUCAGGUGGAUCUUUCCAGAUGAAUGAUCGUGUUGCUCAUCUGCAUAUGGAAAUGAUCAAGGGUUGGCUAACAAGUUCAACAUAACUUAUCAAGAUGCUAUGUCAGCGCUGUGUUCACAGCUUGUUUCUGGUGCCCCCAAGUGGCCAGGGGAGUCAAUUACAGCAGGUUUGGUCCCGAGUUGUUUUGAGCACUGCAGAUUUUCUGGACAGAAACGUUUAAACGACAGUACACCUCAAGGAACAAAAUAAGAUUGUCUGCAUUUUCAAAUGUAAAUCUAAGUGAUAAAGUCACAUGCCAAGUGAAAGACAAGGACAACUGAUGACUAAAAGUUGUGUUAACUUUUUUCAAAUCACUGUUUUCUGUGUGGACUGUUGAAGAGGCUGUU